UGCAGCCUAAACCCGCGACGAGAUAAACAGCGAUCUGACCGUCUUGCAUCAUUUGAUAUCUCCCAAAUCUCACUAUUAUCGGCCUUUUCCGCUGAGAAAUAAAACUCGACAUGCCGCUUUGCGAGAUCUGUGACUCUCUUGACCUUGAUCAAGAUGAUCUUACGGAUUCUGGUAUCAAAUUAGGGACGUUCAAAGACCUGCUUACGAGAGCUCAAAAUGGCUGCGACGCAUGCGAAUUCUUCUCCAACGUGUUGCAGACUUCUAGUCGAUGGACGACAAGGCUUGACGAGCUUGCCGAGCGAGUGAUCUUUCUUGACAGUUCCCGCUUGGACGCGAGGAAGCCGACGAAGCUUGGUAAUUGCACUUAUUCUGCAGACGACUUGUGUUUGGACCAGUGCGUUUCAGAAGAUUAUGAGGGUGUGCACAGUUUAUGCUAAAAGCGUCGUUAUCGAAAGGCUGAUCUUUACAGGCCCACUAGACGAGGAGGUCGACCGUGUUCGUCGCAUCCCCGUCGAUCUAAGGGACGAAAAGUGCUGCGGUCUGAUUCAAGCUUGGACUGCUGAAUGUGUGGCCCAUAGCACCUGUGCGAAGCCUUUGGCUGUUAAACUGCCGGAGAAUAUCAUUGAGAUCCCGGCAGAUCUUGCAGUUGCGCCCAGGCUGUGUUCGUCGAAUGGUAGAUCAGGGUCUUAUGUGAUUCUGAGCUACUGCUCCGGGGAUUUCGAGCCUUCGACUCAGCGAGAGUCGGGUAAUACCAACUUUUCGGCUCCAUUAGAUGGGCCUUCCCUGCCGAAGACUUUGGCAGACGCGAUAGAUAUUGCACGCAAGCUAGGGUAUCAAUAUCUGUGGACCCGAACCCUUUGCACUUCCAGAGAGGAAUGGGGCAGUGAUCCAGCUCGAAUUGCAGAGAUAUACGGUCAAGCAGCUUUGAUACUUUCAGCGGAAGUUGCGGAUGACGCGCGCUCAGGAAUUUUCCAUCACAGACGGGUAUUCUACUCUCCUGCGCUAGGUCGCAACAAAGACAAGUACCUUCGGCAGCGGCUCCUGCGGUGGACAUCGGACAUUGAGGAGUCACCGCUGGGGGACGGGGUUCCGCGCAUUUUACAUGUCACGAGGCGUCAAUUGAUCUGGGAGUGUGCUUCCGGGUUCCAGUUCGAGGCAUCUGGAAUUGUCGACGAAAAGACAGGCUCUGGGCAAAUUCGACAACGCUACGUCAAGGGAGCCGUGCAGCCGUACAUAGACAGGUUUCUCCAAGAUCAAGUAAAGGAAGCUGGUGGCGUUGGCGACGAGGUGGACAUCAGCAAGCGAGUGGCACGACUCGAGGCCUGGCAUCGGUGUGUAGACGCCUUUUCAAAGGGAUCAGUCAGUGUGCCAUCCGACAAGCUACUCGCCAUGGCUCCCCUCGCAUCUGCCAUCAAUGACGGCACUCUGGGCGAGUAUCUCGCGGGAAUUUGGAGCAGUGACAUCGCCUUCGGGCUUGCCUGGUCACGACCUUACGGUGUCUUACGUCCAGCAACAGAGUACAGAGCCCCAAGCUGGAGCUGGGCCAGCGUAGACGGUACAGUGAGCUCGCAUGCUCUGGCGUGGCCCCAGGAUCUAAUGCAGGGGCAUGCUAAGGAUUCCUCCUGGCUGAAUAAAUACCAGCCAAAACUGGUAUCUCAGCACAUUACUCUCUCCCAUCCCCAACGCCCGUAUCGCCACGUCCUGAACAGCUCACACAUCCUCGUGGAAGGCUCCUGCAUUGGACUUAAGACACUUACCCGAAACUUACACGGCAACGAAGCCUUUGGCUUGACUUUGGUCCUAGAUCAGUCACAGCUCUUCGAUUGUUCAUGCUGCAUUCCCAGGUCCGCAGAUACCCAAAAAGCGGAUCUGGACAAGUUCAGCAGCAAUAUUGAACACUAUUUCUGUAUGGUUAUACAAGGGGACGCAUGGCGGGUAGAAGAACGCUGGAAUCCUCGUCGUGGAUUUUGCGAUCUUCUUAUUCUGAAACCUUUGGACGAAGCGGAGGCUCUCCUGAGAGUAGGCAUCCUGCGGGUUUCGGUUGGAUCAUUGACUGACCCACAUACGGCGUUUGAUGCACUGCCCUGGGAAAGGCGCAGGAUGAAAUUGGUCUGAAAGUCUGGCCAUUUGUCUUAGGGUGCUGGGCACUUUUGAGAGAGCCUAGCAUACACAGCAAACAGGCCGUGCAGGGUGACACCUGCAUCAAGGGCCACUCUGUAUCUUACCAAAGCGUUGGGUUGGUCACGGAUAUGACCACAUCAUCUAGACCAUAGUUGCACAAGCAUGCUGGUAGGGAAGGAUAUCCUCUUGUGGUUAUUUCAGGAACACGGAGGAAAGUCAGCUCAGUUGAUGAAUAUAUAUCUUCGAGAACCAACGGGUGCUUAGUUUAACCAGGUCACUUCGGAACUCGCGUAGUCCAUUACGCGGGACGGCGGAUAGGAUACUGCUUCCUCCUCUGACGGCUUGCUCAGAUCUUCUUCUUUCUUCUGCCCCACAUUGAGGUCCUCGAGUUGGGAUGUAUCAAGAGAUACCAAUGUGGCUGGUGGACUAUUAUAUAGUUCUUAUCGAUAAGA